CAAAUGCGCAUAGUCUCACAUGAUGGAUGCUUUAGAAUACAUAUAUAAAGCAUAGUGUCUUCAUAAUCACAUGCAUCAUUUCUACCUCCAUCUCUGUAUGUUCUCUUCUCGAUCGCACACAAAAAUUUCUACUAUGGAGGAUCAGUUUCCCAAAAUGGAAACCUUCAUGCACAAGGAUUAUAGUUUUCAUGGAAUGGCUACAGCAUCCAAAUACUUUGAUGAUCCAAUCAUUUGGGGAGCUCCAACUGAGGCUGCUACUUGUGGCGACAAUGGCACUAGUGGCUUGAAAUCAACAGCAUCUUCUCCUGAAAGAUUCCUCUCGAGUUCUGAUUCUUGUUCGUCGGCGGAGGAGGCUUCAGGUACCAUUUGUAAUAUCCCUGGUUUUGUUAAACCGGAUGUUACCAAACAAAACCAUGCAAGUUCUUUCCUUUCAGGAUUGAGUUCUAUCAACCCUUCAUCUGGAGCUUCACUAUCUGAUAUUAAAGAAAGCUCCAUUCCUGUAGAUUUCUUGGAAUCUUUUCCAAAAAUAAACCAAACUCAUCAAGUAUCCGAACCAUCUUCUCCAUCGAAAUUCCCGAACUUGACUUUGUUUUUACAGGAACCUAGCUUGUUAGAUCCAUCCAAACAACCGAUUACUUGUUCAUUACUCAGUGAGAACCAAAGACUUGAGCCUAUGUUACUGUUUCCAAACACUUCAUUUUCCAUGCCCCAGCUUGAGAAAAUUCAUUGCUCACCAAGCGAGGAAUGGCUCAAAAUCAACCAAACAUUGACAGACUAUCCCACCAAAGGAUUUAACGAUUAUUGGCUUAGCACUACAAAGACACAGCCAAUGAAAUGCACUGGUCGAAGAUUGCAGAAUCAGCAGCAAAAAUCCUCUCUAUCAUCGACCUCAGCACCUGGGAAGCUGUUUAGAGGAGUGAGACAAAGGCACUGGGGCAAAUGGGUGGCGGAGAUUAGGUUACCGAGAAACCGCACAAGGGUUUGGUUAGGGACUUUUGACACAGCAGAAGAGGCUGCUAUUGCUUAUGAUACAGCUGCCUAUAUGCUACGUGGAGAUUAUGCACACUUAAAUUUCCCAGAUCUUAAGCAUCAACUUAAAGCCAAUUCUUCGAAUGGAGCAACAGCAGCCCUUCUUGAAGCAAAAUUACAGGCAAUAUCACAAGGCAUUACUGGUCAGAAGAAGCAAAAUAUUGAUCCUCCAUUAACAUCACCAAACAAGCAUGUAUAUGAGAAUAACACAAAGCUGAAGGGUUUGGGACAAAACCCAUCAAGAAAAGAGUGGCAAUUUCAGCUGGAGAGCGAAGUUGGAUUUGAUGGUGAAAUGAAUGAGAACAAGAAAGCACAGGAGGCUGUAGAAUCGGAGAUGGAUGGUGUUCAGUUGAGCAGAAUGCCUUCCUUGGACAUGGACAUGAUUUGGGAUGCUUUGUUAGUCUCUGAUUCAUGACCAUUUGCCCUUCAAUUCUCAUAUUUUCCCAUAUGAUGCUCAUAUUGCCUUAGAUUCAAUAGAUGUUGAUGGUGGUAUUUAUGUUUAUGCCUUUAAUAGCAUAUACUAAUUCUUG